UGGGCGGACUUGGCGUCUGGGCAGCGAGGGCCAUGGCCACAGUCCGGGAGAAGGCGGCCGCGCUGGACUUCUCGGCUGGCCACAGCCCCGCGCAGAGGCCUCCGGGUUUCAGUGUGGCCCAGAAGCCGUUUGGAGCCACCUAUGUGUGGAGCAGCAUUAUAAACACUCUUCAAACACAGGUGGAGGUGAAAAAACGAAGGCACCAUUUAAAACGACACAAUGACUGCUUUGUUGGUUCGGAAGCUGUAGAUGUCAUUUAUUCUCACCUAAUUCAGAAUAAGUAUUUUGGUGACGUAGAUAUUCCUCGGGCCAAAGUGGUGCGAGUGUGUCAAGCACUUAUGGACUACAAAGUAUUUGAAGCAGUUCCAACCAAAGUCUUUGGAAAAGACAAAAAACCUACCUUUGAAGACAGUAGUUGCAGCCUGUAUAGAUUCACGACGAUACCUGACCAGGACCGUCAGUUAGGCAAAGAAAACAAGCUGUGCUCACCUUCCAGGAAUGCAAAUGCAUUAUUUAAGUCACCUGAUCCCAAAUCAACCAGUCUGGAGGAUUUGUGGGAAAAUCUGAGUUUGAAGCCUGCUAACUCCCCUCACGUAAAUCUCUCUGCAACCUUGUCUCCACAAGUUAUCAAUGAAGUAUGGCAAGAAGAAACGACUGCACGGCUGCUACAACUUGUGGACCUUCCACUUCUUGACUCCUUACUCAGACAGCAAGAGGCUGUGCCUCAAGUUCCCCAGCCUAAGAGGCAGCCUGACACGAUCAACAGCAGCAACUACCUAGAUCGAGCGAUCCUCAAGGCUUACAGCGACUCUCAGGAAGAUGAAUGGCUCUCUGCAGCAAUCGACUGCUUGGAAUACUUUCCAGACCAUUUGGUGGUGGACAUAAGCAGAAACUUCCCUGAGCAACCAGACAGCACAGACAUGGUGAAGAGACUUCUGUUUGAUGCCAUUGGCAAAUAUUACAGUAGUAGGAAGCCUCUGUUAAAUCAUUUAUCUGAUGUUCAUAAUGGAAUUGCAGAACUCUUAGUGAAUGGGAAGACAGAAAUAGCAUUAGAAGCUACUCAGCUCUUUCUAAAGCUUUUGGAUUCCCAGAACAGAGAAGAAUUUAGAAGACUACUGUAUUUCAUGGCUGUUGCAGCACAUCCUUCUGAAUUGAAAUUACAGAAAGAAAGUGACAACCGAAUGGUUGUGAAAAGGAUAUUCUCAAAAGCCAUUGUUGACAACAAAAACUUAUCCAAAGGCAAAACUGAUCUUCUGGUACUCUUUCUAAUGGAUCAUCAGAAAGAUGUUUUUAAGAUUCCUGGAACCCUACAUAAAAUUGUCAGUAUUAAGCUUAUGGCCAUACAGAAGGGAAGAGACCCAAAUAAAGAUGCAGGAUAUAUUUAUUGCCAGAGAAUUGAUCAAAAUGACUAUUUCAACAGCACACAGAAAUCGACGAAAGACGAGCUCUUGAACUUACUAAAAACUAUUGAUGAGGACUCAAAACUGUCUGCCAAAGAGAAGAAAAAGCUGCUAGGUCAGUUCUAUAAGUGUCACCCAAACAUCUUUAUUGAGUAUUUUGGAGACUGAGUUUCUAAUGUUUGUAUAUAAGUUGUGUAUUUUAAGAAUAAAUAAUGUAUUUUAAAUAUCCAAUCAUAUUUGUAAGCUUGGAAUUUCUAAAUAUGAAGCUGUACCUAAUAAAAAUUCUU